UCCUCCGCUUUCUCAAAUCUCAACUUCUUCUUCUUCCCAAUUUACACAUAUACAUAAAAAAUUUAGUGUUGCCUUUUGUUCUUCUCCUAUUUUCUUUAGUCGAAAUCGACAAUUCUUUAGCAUUUUGAGAAAUCAUCAUGGGUUUCCCUGUAGGUUACACGGAUUUAUUCCUACCCAAGCUCCUAGUCCACGUACUAACACUCCUGGGUUUCAUCAGAAAAUUCAUUUCCACAUUUUUCACCAUCUUAGGUCUCGGUGAUUUCCUCGAACCCGAAAUGUCAUUCCCGACCCGACCCGAAUCACAUUCGGAGCUCCAUUCAGUAUCCGCAACGCUGAUCCGUGAGCUAUUACCCGUAGUGAAGUUUUCGGACCUUGUUGACCCGCCCGAAAGCUGUGCGGUUUGUUUGUAUGAAUUUGACGGUGAAGAUGAGAUCCGACGGUUGAUGAAUUGUAGGCAUAUAUUUCAUAAGAACUGUUUGGACCGUUGGAUGGAUCAUGAUCAGAAGACGUGUCCACUUUGUAGGACACCUUUUAUACCUGAUGAUAUGCAAGAGAGUUUUAAUGAGAGGUUAUGGUUGGCUUCUGGUAUUUCUGAUUUUUACGGCGAAUAUUCUCCGAUUGCCACUGGAUUGUAGCAUUAAAGGUGAAAGUUCAAAUAAUCAAUCUAAAACUACCGAGUAAUGUGAAAUGUAUAUAUAGUAGUACAAGAUAAAGAGGAAAAAAAAAUGAGGGAAGAAAAGUGGAAAAAAAAGGUCCCAAAAGUUAUUGUACAGUCAUUUAGUCUCUACAAUUUUGAGAAUAUGGAAUGAAGAUGAAUAGUUUUAAUUUUCA